CCGUGUCGUUGUUGCCGGGUUUUCUUGGCGAGCGACGGAGCCACAGAAAUGGAGUGCAAUACGGGCGCCUAAUUUUAGCGGCGGGGAGGGGAGCGAAGCCUGGGCAGCCACUCGCCGGCCUCCAAGAAACCGUCGCCAUUUUUUCAUCCGAGUGCCGCCGAUUUUGAUUUCAUUAUUGUCUGUCUUCGUGGGGAACCAAUUCGGUUUUGUUUCGGAAGAAGGGAGAGGAGGAUGCAGUGGGCGGGUCUGAGAUCGCAGGCGCCGGUUCCCACGGCGGCGUGGACGGGGCCGAGGCCAAGAACCGCGAGGUGCCCGCAGGGUAGAUUCCCCACAGCGCGCCGGGCGCUGGUGGCGUCGGCAGCGGCCUCGGACGCUAAUUCGAGCUCGAAUUCGCCGGGGAAGGACGAGGAGGGGGAGGAGGUGGUGCGAAGGGAGAAGGAGGAGAAGGCGGUCGCGUCGCUUCUGAUGAGAAGCCAGAAGUACGCCAUGCUAAAGCAGCAGCUCGCCGUGGCCGCCCAAUUUGAGGAUUACAAGGAAGCAGCGAGGUUGAGGGACUCGCUGAGGUCCUUCGAGGAGAAGGAGCCUGUGUUGUGCCUCCGCCGGUUGAUGAAGAAGGCCAUUGAGGAGGAGAGGUUUGAGGAUGCUGCUAAAUACAGAGAUGAAUUAAAGAUUUUGGCUCCACACUCCCUCCUCAAAUGUUCUAGUGAUGCAACUACUUUGGGGAUAAGAGUUCAAGUCAGGAGCGUCUAUAUUGAAAGCCGGAGCCAGCCAUUGAAAGGGCAAUUCUUUUUUGCUUAUAGAAUUAGAAUUACGAAUAGUUCUCAGCGCCCUGUUCAGCUUCUCAAAAGGCACUGGAUUGUUACAGAUGGAAAUGGAAGGACAGAAAACAUUUGGGGAGUUGGAGUAGUGGGAGAACAACCUGUCAUAUUCCCGAAGACUGGUUUUGAGUACUCUUCUGCAUGCCCAUUGAGCACUCCAAAUGGGAGAAUGGAAGGUGACUUUGAGAUGAAGCACAUCGACAAGGCUGGAUCAUCAACAUUCAAUGUUGCAAUUGCGCCAUUCUCUCUGUCAAUUCUUGGUGACGAUAAUGAUGUUCUGCUAUGAACUACACUGAGGACUUGCUUGGGAGCAAAUGGAUUGAAGGGAAUUAAGGGGGCUACAAUCCCUUACUAUUCAAUUUUGAAUAGUAAGGGAUUUUAGCUCACAAUCCCCUUCUGCAAACAAGCCCUGAGAUUUAAACUAGACACACAAACACAAAUAUUUAUUGUAAGUGAUGUAAUUGAGCGCAAGGUUCAGGUGGAACUACUAUGGUUGACUUAUGGCUGGAGCCAAGUGCCCUGGUGCAAGGUCAGGUAGAGUUCUCUGGGAUGUUGAAUCUGGACCAUGCGAGUAUCAAUUGUGAGGCACAAUAGGACAUCCUACCAAUUGUACUUCUAAAUGUACAGCAUGGAACUUAGAGCUUGCUACAUGUAUUAUACAGUACCUUUUUAUUUUUCCCAUCACGGUAUCACCUUAGUUAUCGCGGCCUUUGAUU